CUGAUCACGGAGCAGGCGUCUUUCACUCUGCCCCGGAACGCAGAGAUCGAGGGCAAAUGUGGGCUCACAGAGUCUGAGAUCCACAUCUCCUGGAAGAACAGCGCCUACAUCCUCCGCAUUUACUUCUCCAAGGAGUUCCGUGAUAAGGGUAUCGAGGUGUGGAAGAUCAGCAGAAUCCAGUUCGUCUACGACACCUCGGAGACCUCGCAUUUUAUUAACGCCUACAACCCUGGGAAACACACAGCGAGCACCCACCGCCUGUCCGCCCUGGUGACCCCCGCGGGCCGCUCCUACUUGUGCACAGCUCAGCAGACCAUCACCCUCAUCUCCAGCGACCACCAGAAGGGCGUCACAUUCUCCAUGUACGACAUCCAGAUCCAGCCCUUCGACAUCGCCUCCGACUUCAUGUUCAGCGCCCCCUAUAAGUGCAUCACCGACCAGCGGGAGCACCUGGAGGAGAUCCUCCCCCUCAUCCUGGGCCUCCUUCUGGGCCUAAUAAUCGUCAUCAUCCUCACCAUCUACCACUUCCACCUCAAGCUGACAGCCAAUCAGCCGCAGCUCCCCAGAGACCGCUCCAUGUACAAGAACAUGUAGUCAGCUUCUCUCUCCACAGCAGUCCUGAUGACAGACUCGUCUCCUCGGUGUCCCCGCACUGAGGACCACGUCCUCGCGCUGGACUGAGUCCCUGAUUGACAAACGUGAACGGCCCACACUGCACUGCCCACUGGAGCUUCUGAAUAGUUAAAACACGAGUUAGUGGGACUAUAUGGGACCUGAGGGGGGGUAAAGAUGGAGAGUAAUUAACUCGUACCUGGAUUAAAUCUCAACGCCAUAUUAAAGUGUUUCAAGUUUUCAUAUGGAGAACAAAUCUCUGAAAAUCCUGCAUUUCUAUGAUCAUUUCCUCUCUUAAACUGCAGCUAAAUUAUUCUAUUAUGGUUUGUUGUUUCUGCACUUUGCUCAUUUUGAAAUACUUUUGUUCAGGUCCUUGUUUUCACACCCUCUGAAUGCAGUCACAGUGUCGUAGUGUUCAGUGUAGUUUUUGCCUCGACAUCAGACUUUUCUCUACAGAUGUAAGGAACAAAUCAAAAGAAAGAAAAAACAAAAACAUUCAAAUGAUCUGCUCAAGCAAAAGGAAUUUGUCAAAUAAAAAAAGAUGAUAAAAACAGAGGUUUUAAAAGAUGUGUAAAAUAUUUUUGAAGUUACAAGUCUAUGCAUAAAUCUCUGCUGAUGCAACUGUGUGAAGUUGUUUGUUCUGUUUGAAAUAAAUGGAUGGAUUCACCUUCGUCACACCA